AUGUCGUUGCAUCAUGGCUCAUGGCAUGCCCUACAGUUUGGAAGUUGUUCAGCAUUUCGGAAUGGAAAUCAAAUGACCGGGCAGAAAGAUACGUCGCCAAGCCGUCCAUGCUUAAACAUUUCGCCUAUGUGCAACCAAUGGCCCACGAAAGACCCACGCGCACGACAUACGGCAUACGUAUACAUACCCUUACAUUCUCGUUCUGAGAGGUCACGGAAUCGGUAG